AUGGAGGAGGUGAUUGUUGAGGAUUGCACUGAGGAAGAGCUGAAUGCGGUGAAAGCAUCCAGUAGCGCAGCACAAAGCACGAUACCAAUCGUGAUCGACGAGCCGAAGACGCAGGCAGAGCCUGCCAAAACCAGUGAUGAGGGUACCAAGGAAACACCUAUUCCCGUAACCCAAUCGGUGUGGGGCAAUGAGAAGAAAAAGACGUUCAGCGAAAUAGUACAAGACACUGCAUGGUACGUGGAAGAUUCUGAUGGUGAAGAUGUAAUGGAGGCAAUAAGGGAGGACGACGAGGACUAUUCAGUCCCGAUGAACGACGAUCCAAAGUGUCCUACAAUCCCUUUCACUGUAGCUGAGGUUAGAAAAUAUAGGAGGGAGUGGCGUUCUGCUCUAAUGGUGAAGGUCCUGGGAAGGACAUACCCUUACCCUGUAGUAGCGAAGCGUCUGCAAGCACUCUGGGCAAGAACUGGACCUAUUCAGAUUACCAACAGAACCCAUGUAUUAGCUGUAGGCAAACUCAGGCUCAAGAUAGGGUGCAUAACCAUGGGUUAUGCACCCAUCAAUAACUAA